UGACAUUUACCAUCUGAUCCGCUGGUUGUUUCUGGAACCUGCAGAAGUUAUUCAGGCAUUUAUUUCGGUCUCUUCAGCGGACUCGCUCUUCCGAUGUGCGCUAUACUUCAUCCCUGUCGCUGGCCAAUGUUGACAAUAUCGUAGUAGCUCUUUACCAUGAUGUCCCCUAUUCGCGUUCCCUCGCAAGGAGGCUUUCGGCUUCUGUCCGAAGCGCCUUUCUUGGAUUCGCCACGACACAGCCUUCUACGCUUGCGAAACAAUCGCGGAAAGUCUCAAUGUCGUGCGAAUUCCUCUUCAGCAACUCGAAGCUCUAUUUCGCAAAAGGAGCAUCAGCACUUCACUGUUAGUGGUCAAGACCACGGCAGAGCAGUACGCGGUCCGACCGUUCAUAAACACGAGAAUGACUUCGACAAUGAAGCGUUCAAUAAUGGGAUUCUCGAUAACAGCAGCUUCAGGAAGAGCAGCAGUUUAUCUCAUGGCGGAAAGGUAACGGUUUCAGUGCGAAUCCACUCCGUGUCCGCCGGGGAAACCGUCUUCUCCAUCGCAUCCGACUACUCCAUUCCUGUGGACACGCUUCUCGCGGCGAACAGUAAAUCAUCGCCGAGCAUUCGCAUCGGCGAGGUGCUGUAUCUGCCGUCUUCGGCACGAAAAGAGCGGAAGGCUCUGUCGCAGCAGAAUUUGCAGCCAGAGUCGCAUACGCAGGAAGCGAAGAAUGCUCCAUUCGCCUCACCUUCCGCCGCAUCUUCAGAGUCGCAGCCAGAGUCGCAGGCGCAGGCGCAGGCGUCGUCAGGGCGCUCCCAAUUCGUGUCUCUCCACAUUCGCGAGAACCACGGAUCCAACUCCAGGCAGUCCAGCUUUCCCACCGGCUCUGAAGAGUGCGUGCGCGUGUGCACGGACAGCAGCGGUAGCGCCGCCGACGGAACAACCACCACCACCAGCGCCACCAGCACCACCACCACCACACCACCAUCACCAGCCGUAGCAGCAGUGGCUCCAGCGGAGCUAGCGCCGUUCCUGCAGCAACUGCGCCUGUCGCUGCUCCUGCAGGCGUGUGCCUCACUAGCUGCCGGGCAGCUCCCACUGGCAGGGGAACGGCGAUGAGUGUGAGGGGAUGGUUGAAGCAUUCCUCUGGUGCUGUCACUGCCAGUCCUGCUAAUCGUGUCACUGUCUCUUCAACCCCUGCUACUUGUGAGGGGUUCUCGCCUUCUCUGUUGGCAACAUCUGCUCCUCCUGCUGCUGCUGCCGCUGCUGCUGUCGCAGAACCUUCUACGAAUGCUUCUGCUGAUGCUGCCGACGCGCCUGAUGCUCACUCCCAUGCUUCUUCUGCUGCCGCUGUCGCGUCUUCUGCGGCCGAGUGCGAGAAGCACCGUUUCUCCAACGACCUGAAUGGGUUUGCAAACUUCUUCGCCGCAAGAAAGCAUCUGGGUCGGACCGUGCACCUCCAUGGAUGGAGCAAAGGCCCGGGGGUAAACCCGCAGGAACAGACAACACAAGACAAGGUGUUGUGGCGUCGGUGACACAGGCGUUUGUUCCUGGUAGAGGGGGUGAGGUGCAGCAAUCGCUGCCAUUGAUCGGGCUCGGAUUCGCAAUUGCCGGCACUGCGGGAGCUCUUGCUGUUGGUUCGGGGUUGAAUGGACUGGUCCGCGCUGCCUUGCUACUGCGGCUUCAGAGCCCCUGGCAGAAGCAAGCGGAGCAGAAUCAGCUGCAGCAGCAGCAGCAGCAGCAGCAGCAGCAGCAGCAGCAGGAGCAGGACCAGCAGGGGGGAGUAAGCGAGCAGCCGCCACUCGAGCGUGUGAAGGACGGUAGCGGGUUAGAGUUUUCAAAGAGGGUUCUCAGGAACUACUUGAACCUCCAGAAGCGCGAAGUGAAUCGGUCUGGCAUGGAGGGCGCCGCUUUGCGGCUCAAGAUGAGAAUUGCCAAGGCGAAAGGGGAGGACCCGCUACCGUUUGCCCCGUUACAAGAUAAGACGGGUCCUCGCAGAAAUGUGAUGGCAGAGAUCCGGAGUGUUGUGGCUGAUGCUGUGGCCGAGGUGGUGGAAGGGGAGAACUGCACGCUGGUGCUUGAAACGAGUACAGGCAUGAGGAGUACAGUGUAAAGGGCACAGAGAUAACAGAGAACACAGAGAAGCUGAGACUAGUGGAAGCUGGGAUUGCCCAUGGAGACGGCACAAAGAACGCUGGAGGAGAGGAGGCGGGCAGAAUGAUUAAGAUGAUGGAGGCAGGAUGGUAUGGCGGGCCGGUAAGGCCGGAGCUUGGGGGAAAUCCGGAGUUGACAAUGGCUUUGGAAGGGGAUGAUGACGAUGGGGUGGGAGAGGUGGGCCUGAGGUGUUUCUGGAGUGGAGUGUGGAGAGGGCCAAAGAGGCCAAUGCACAUGCUGCCAUGAGACUGCCACGAGCAUUUACCACAGUUGAAGGGAAUUGAAUUGAGUGUUGUAUGCUGCCGUACAGGAGCAAGAGGCGCUGCUGGGAGAUGAAAUACUGGCACAGCAAAUGGUUUGUAUUUAUUACUGACAGUGCGACUGACUAGCAUUGACAGCAGCAUGCUGAUGUAACCUGUGGGAGGGAGGGAGGCGCACUGUACCACAUGCGCCCUAUACACAACUCUGCCAAUGAUGCUUGCUGGCAGCGUGCCUGCUGUUUGCCUUUCAGCAGGAAGGUUUGAAUUGCUCUUUCACUGCUGUUUAUGAUAUUAAAUAUAUAAUUUAUAA